GCAAAUAGUCUCUCUCUCCUUCCACCCCUCCUCUCUUCCCUCUCCCUCCACCCCUUCUCUCUCCCUCCACCCUCCUCUCUUCCCUCACCCUCCACCCUCCUCUCUCUUCCCUCUCCCUCCACCCCUCCUCUCUCCCUCCACCCUCCUCUCUCCCUCCACCCUCCUCUCUCCCUCCACCCUCCUCUCUUUUUCCUCUCCCUUCACCCCUUCUCUCUCUCUCCCUCCACCCUCCUCUCCUCUCCUCUCUUCCCUCACCCUCCACCCUCCUCUCUCUUCCCUCUCCCUCCACCCCUCCUCUCUCCCUCCACCCUCCUCUCUUUUUCCUCUCCCUCCACCCUCUUUCCUCUCCCUCAACCCUCCUCUCUUUUUCCUAACCCUCCACCCUCUCUCUCUCUCUCUCCUGGCACAUCUCCUCUCUCCCUCUACCCUCUCUCUCUCCUCUCUUUUCCCUCUCCCUCCACCCCUCCUCUCUCCCUCCACCCCCAGAUCUACCUGCGUUUCCUGGACUAUGAGAUGCAGAACAGUAAUGAGUGUAAGCGUAACUUUGUGGCGGUGUACGACGGCAGUGCGUCCGUGGAGGACCUGAAGAACAAGUUCUGCUCUACAGUGGCCAACGACGUGAUGCUGGUGUCCACCACGGGGGUGAUCAGGAUGUGGGCCGACCAGGGCAGCCGAAGGAGCCGCUUCAGGAUUCUCUUCACCACCUUCCAAGAACCUCCAUGCGAGCCAGAUGCCUUCUUCUGUCACAGUAACAUGUGUAUCAACAACACCCUGGUGUGUAACGGUAUUCAGAACUGUGUCUACCCCUGGGACGAGAACCACUGCAAAGAGAAAAGGAAAGCUAACAUCCUGGACAACCUGAACAACACCAACGGCACCAUCAUCGGCGUCACCUGCUGCAUCGUCCUCAUCCUCCUCAUCGUGUCUGUCAUCGUUCAGAUCAAACAACCCAGGAAGAAGUACAUCCUCAGGCGCGAGGACUUUGACCCCACGAUGUUCCAGGAGGUAUUCGAGCCGCAGCAUUAUGGGCUCUGCACGUUACGCAGCACCACGCAUGCCACCACCGCUUCGGCGGAUAUAGCGGAUCUAGCAGAGGACUUGGAGAACUACCACGCACUGCACCGCUCGUCCUCGCGCUGCGUCCAUGACCACCAUUGUGGAUCCACCUCCAACCCUGGUUCCACCCACCUGUCCCAGCUGUCACUCAGUGGGCGGGAGGGCCGCGGGAACCUGAGCGCACGCGAGGCCGCGGCCCUCCUCACGGACCUUCCACCGCAGUCGGUACGGCCGCUGCUGCCCAGCGUUGCCACGGGGAACCGGCGCAGCAUCCUAGUGAUGAAGCACAGCUACUCGCAGGAAGCGGCCGACAAUGGGUGUGACCCCGACGACGACCUGGAAGAGGUUCCCACGACGAGCCACCGACUGUCGCGUCACGAGAAGGCAGUCCAGCGGUUCUGCCUCAUUGGCUCUUUGAGCAAACAGGAAUCAGAAUACAACACGACUAGGGUCUAAGACAAUCUCAAGGUACUUCAGAAAGAUGAAUCAUUCUUCUGCAUCUUGCCAAGUUUGACAAUUUAUGGAAGUAACAUUAAUCUCCCUCAUGAGAACUGUUGCAUUGAGCGACAAAAACAAUUUAGAGUGUUGUGAUAAGAAGAAAAAAAAUGUAUUUUUUGUUGUUGUGAGUAUGCGUUGUCUUGUUUUGAUGACAGCGGUGCAAUGCCCUGUUGGUGUUCAUCAAAUGGCUGAGAUUGUAAAGCCAGAGACACAUACUGAUACUUUCGGAUACUGGACUGAAACUUUAAAAGAUACAUAAAUACCUUAAAUGUACAUUGUUCAUGGACUGAACCUCAACCUGUUCUUUUAAACUUUUUAUUUUAUUUGUAUUUAACAUCAAACACGUGAGGACGCCAUUUUGGUACUGAAAUCCCAUCUGUGUCGCUGUGUCGCUGUUAUGUUUCCUACACUCUAUUAGGGCUCAAGUUCUUUCCCCUGGACGAAGUUUCAAACCCCAGAGAAUGUUGUGAUGUCAUAAGGGUAUAAACUGUAUAGUGUUCCAAGCCACUGGACAGGAAGGCUCUCCAUGUUGGUAUUUUCUGAGGACUGAAAUGGGACAUUGGGAUGUAUAGGUCAUUUCUAUGGCAGCCACAGGUCUCAUCAGGAAGUAAUGAAAUUGGUUUUGAGAAUUCCCAGUCAGAUUUCCUACUAGGAACCUAAACAUUGGUAAUGGUUGUAUUUGUGGCUUGUCUAUGCACACUAGACUACAGUAAGAAAAGUGGGCUCAAUUAUUAGGCUACUACAUAAUCCCUUGAUUGCCCAAUAGCCUUAGGCCUUCUUUGCAUUAACAUCAAUAUUUUAUUUCCUGUCUUUCAGAAUAUGUCUGAGACCCCUCUGUUUGCUGAGAUCUCUACUUUGUUUGGUAACACAUUAAAGAAAUGCUGGGCAGAAUGUUUUCAAUAAACUGAUACUAAAUCUUA